AUGAGACCGUCAGCAGCAGCCGCCAGGUCAGACCUUCAUCGGUGGAAACGGAUCAACCCAGCCCCCCCUACCAAGCCAGUGUUUGAUUACGAUAAUGUGGAGCACUGGAUUAAGAGAGUUGAACAGGCCUCAGAGUUUGCCGUGUCUGAAGUAUUCUCGGCUAAGAAGACUUUCCAGCGUGGGCAGAAAGCCAUGCGUCCUGCCUUGGACCUCGAGUCAGUGGAUCAGCUUCACGACCACGAUGACGCUUAUGCUGAAGCCCAGGACCUGCUGAGCGAAUGGAUGGGCACCAAGCUGAAGAUGGAGUUGGUCAGUGAGGACGAGGAAGACUCUGACAUUGUCCGUGCCCAGAUAAACCCUCCUCAGCAACCCCAGCCAGACUUUGUCAAAUACAACAGGUUUGACGAUCUCUAUGAAUAUCUGGAGCAGGAAGCAGAGAGUACAACGGCUCAGGAUUUCCUGCAGGAUCUACUCCAAAAACAAGUGGUGGAUUCUGGGAUCCUAGAAAACCUAAUGAGAGACCAGAACUGCAAGAAGCAGCGAGACCCAAGACUUACGAUAGAGUUGCGGCACCAACAGGUAAAGGAGAACCGGGACAAGCGUCAGAAAGAGCAGGAGAAGAAAAGGCAAGAAAAAGCCUUAAAGAAAGCUGCAAUGGCCCAGGCUCAGGUGAUGGUCCAGGAAGAAUCCAAGCAGAAGGCCAUGAAGAUCAAGAAAGAAGAGGAGGAAAUCCAGAAGAUGGUGGUGAAGCUCCGGAAGGAUAUGACUGAGCGCAGGAAGGCCAUGGAUGAGGUUAGGAAAAUUGAGUGGAAGAAGAAGGAGAUUGAAAGCAGCAGGAAGCUCCAGGAGAGGAUGGAGACCCAGCGGGACACCCAGAAAGAGGAGGACGAGAGGAGAAAGCUGCAGAAACAGUCCAGGAUUAAGGAUCUGCUGGGUCAGGUGUACGCGGAGAACCGCAGGUGCCUCCAAAAGAGUUUCUCUGGCUGGUAUAAAUUGGUCUUGGAGCGCCGGUUGAAGAUGGGGAAAUCCAGGGCUCUUGCUGACUGGAAGUGUCAGCUGCGAGUAUUCAGAGCUUGGAGAGACUAUGUGUGGGCCAAAAAGCUGGAAGCGGAGACCCAGAAGAUGGAGAUGGACCUGAGAGAUCAGAAUAGGAAGCAGCAGCUGGCAGUGGAAAGCUACCGCAAGCGGAUCCUGCGGCAUUGCUUUGUGGAUUGGCAGCUGUGGUGUCGAGCAGAGAAAGACAAGAGAGAACUGGAAGCUCAGAAAGAGGAGACAAAGCGGAAGAUGGCGGCCUUGCUGGAAGCAGCCUCCUCUUUAGUGACUCCAAAAGACACCAGUGCAAAUCAGAGGGAUGUGGGGAGAUCUUCAUCCAGGGAGCUAAAGGUUGAAGAGAAUAAUGGAUCAGAGAAUGGGCAAAAAACCCCGGGAGACGUAAACAAGAACAUACCUGGUCAAUCACCCAACGUCCCUAAACAUGCAUGGCAAAUCACACGGAAACAUGCAGAACUGAGCUCCGAGGAGCUGGACCAACUCCCUCUACAAUCCUCCAAGAACACCCCCGGGCUCCAGAGGGGCCCCAACAAAAAGGCCCCUAAUUACGGUGAGUUUUUUGAGAACCGACAUACCUUCCAGCAACAGCUGAUAGAGGAACAGAGGCAGCAGCUCCAAGAGCAAAAGGACAUGAUCCUGGGGUUAAUGGAGAACCAGAGACUGAUUAUAUCGAGGCAGGAAGCUGCAAGAGCCACUACCUUCACCACAGAGCUGUCCAGUAAGGGGACCACCAGGAAAGGGAACAACCAGGGGGCAGAAGGACCCCCAGCCUUGAACCCAGGUCCUCCCAGUGUUUCAUGUCCGUCUGUCCAUCUUGGAAAAACAAACACUAGGGCAUCACCAAGCACCGUGUCUACAGCAAGGAGUUUCACUGUGCCCACAAUAUCCCCUCAUCCCGCGGUCAAAGCAAUGGAAGAGAGAGCAGCGCAGAGAUUGGAAAGGAAGAGAGAACUUGAGGAAACAAGACGGCGACGGGAGGAGGAAAAACUGGCCCAGCUUAAAGCGGCAGAAGAAGAGCGUCUGCAGAGGGAGGCCGAUGAAAGGGAGGCCCAAUUAGAAAGGAAAAAAGAAGAGAAAAGACUACAGAAACAGAGGGAGCAGGAGAAGCAGAUGAGGCUGCAGAAGGAGCAGGGGAUGCAGGAGAAAGCCAGGGCCCACUAUGAUAAGACCCUGCUGAGGCACAGAGGCUUGGAACCCUGGAAGAAGCUGAUGGCAAAAUCCCGACUGGCCAUGGAGCAUGCGGAGGGACAUCACAGCUCAGUAAUUGUGAGAGGUUGUCUGGUGGGCUGGCAUCAAGCAACGAAGGACAUUUUGUCCAGUAAAGUCUCCCGUGCCGAUGAAUUGUGGACAUCAAUACUGUUACGGAGAAGCUUCCGACAAUGGAUUAAGUACAAGGACUACCUGUCCAUCCUGGAAGACCGAGCAGAGAGGCACCAUGUGACCAUGCUCCGCAGGAAGGUUUUUGUGGCAUGGCUGGACUUGGUCCAAGAAGAGAAGAUGGCAUUAUGGGAAAAGCAGAGGAUUGCAGCGGAGCAUAACCAGAGGCGAAUACUGCUGACAGCAUUCAGAACAUGGAGAAAGUUUCCAAAGUUAAUGCGAGAACUGAAGUUGAAGGAGGAACGAAGAGAACUGUUAAGGAAGAAAGUGGCAGAAAUUCUACCUGAUUUUAGGGCAUGAGCAGCAGUACCUGCCACGUAGUCUCUCGAUAGGCCAAGGCAAGCUAAACCCCUUUCUCACUAGGACAAGGCAGGUUGGCCCUCUCUUUCUCUGCUGGUAUGGGUUGGCAUUCCCUUGCUUGGCCAGCUGAGCUGGGCCCUCUCUCCAGGCCAGUCCGUGAGAACUUCAUUUCCU